AUGCCGCAGCCGGGCCGGCCAUUGAGUGCCACAACCACGCGGACAGCUAACUUGGCCCCCUUUUGUCAAUGUUGCUGUCGCCAGGCGGUCCUGGUGGACCGGCUGUCAGCGGUGGUGUACGAAUGCCGCAGCCUGGAGCGGCUGAUCAGCCGCCACGAGAUGCACAUGCGCGGUACUGCGGCCGGCAGCGCCAAGGGCGCAGCGCACAGCAGGAGCGCCAGCGCCAGCGGCGGCGCCAGCAGCGCAGGCACAGGAGUGGGCGAGGACGGCGGCGAGGGUGGUUUGCUGCAGGGCGCGGACGGCAGCAAUGGCGCCGGAGCUGGCGGUGGCAGCAGCCGCCACCGCGGCGGCGUAGCCAGCAGCAGGGGCCGGGUGAUUGACGUAUCAGAGCCGUCUGAGGAGGAACGGGCGCGUGUUGAGUCAGUAGUGCGGGCGGCGGAGGACCCGGGCUAUUGGGUGGCGGCUAGCAGGGAUGGCAACCGGGAGAGCCACUAUCGAGGCAACGCGCUCGGCGCCACGCUCAUUCACGAGCUGGCCUGCUUCAGCCGCGGCGACCCCACGAGGGAGGCGGGCGGCGCUGCAGGCGUCGACAAGGCCUACUCCACUGCGCUGCCAGGUAUUCUGCGUCGCUUCCGCGCUCGUGUGGACGCCGCCCUGCCGGGCAUGUACGUGUGGUGGGACGAGGCCAGCCUCCACAUCACCAUCCGCGCCCUCAUACCCUGA